UCCUCGUCAAUCUGCAUUCUCUAUUUUUUUUUUUCUUCCGAUCCCAAACCAGGUUCUUCUCUUUCUCUGCUCUCGAUCUCCGUCCGUCUCCGAAAUCCAGGUUUAAUCGGUCUUCUGGGUUUUAGCUUGAUUUUUCGAUUUGAGAAUUGGUUCAUCUGGUCAAUGCGGUGGGACUUUCUCCAGAAUUAGGCUUCCGGUAUGGGGAUUUGGUGGUUUUGACAUCCAGAGGAUGUAGUUGUGGGAGGUCGUUAUGGAAUAAAAAUCUAUGGCCUUUUCUGGGUUUAGAUUGGAAUUUUCAACGAUUUCUCGGAUUUCGAGUUUUGUUCAUUUGGGGUUUCUUUAUUUAAUGCAGCAAAUUAGGGCUGCUUAAGAACUUGGGUUUUGAUAUUUAAAGCUUUAUCAGGGGGAUUAUUGAAGAAAGGGAAGAUCUUCGGGUGUAUUGGAAUGUCAAUUUCUUGAAUCUGUUCAGUUUUGGGGCAAUUUGUUGGCGGUUUAUUUGAUUAGGUGACAAUAAGUGCCGAAUUUGACACAAAUCUGGGAGAGAAAUAUUUGUGUGAGCUCUUCUUGGGUAUAGUUUAUUGAGGCAAAGUUGAGGGAUGGAGCAUGUCAUUGGUGGUAAGUUCAAACUUGGAAGGAAGAUUGGCAGUGGGUCUUUUGGAGAGCUUUACUUAGGGGUCAAUUUGCAGACUGGAGAAGAAGUUGCUGUUAAGCUGGAACCUGUGAAGACUAGGCAUCCACAGCUUCAUUAUGAGUCCAAAUUGUAUAUGCUUCUUCAAGGAGGAACGGGGAUUCCACACCUCAAGUGGUUUGGAGUUGAGGGGGAUUACAAUGGCAUGGUCAUCGACCUUCUUGGACCAAGUUUGGAAGAUUUAUUCAACUACUGCAAUAGGAAAUUCUCACUGAAAACAGUUUUGAUGCUUGCAGAUCAAUUAAUUAACAGAGUAGAAUAUAUGCAUUCAAGAGGUUUUCUUCACCGUGAUAUAAAGCCUGACAACUUCUUAAUGGGCCUUGGACGUAAAGCAAAUCAGGUGUAUAUCAUUGAUUAUGGUCUUGCAAAGAAGUAUAGGGAUCUUCAGACUUAUAAGCAUAUUCCAUACAGGGAAAAUAAGAACCUCACAGGCACAGCUCGGUAUGCAAGUGUCAACACUCAUCUUGGAAUUGAACAAAGUCGAAGGGAUGAUUUGGAAUCUCUGGGUUACGUGCUUAUGUAUUUUCUGAGAGGAAGCCUUCCCUGGCAGGGCUUAAAAGCUGGGACAAAAAAGCAAAAAUAUGAUAAAAUCAGUGAAAAGAAGGUUUCAACUCCAAUAGAGGUGCUGUGUAAGUCGUAUCCAACUGAGUUUGUGUCAUAUUUCCACUACUGCCGAGCUUUACGUUUUGAAGAUAAACCAGACUAUUCAUAUUUGAAGAGGCUUUUUCGAGAUUUGUUUAUUCGAGAAGGUUAUCAGUUUGACUAUGUAUUUGACUGGACUGUGUUGAAGUAUGCACAGACUGGUGGCACUAGAGGGAGGCAUUCCAGUGGAAGACCAGGUAUUUCUGCAGGACCAUCAAUGGAAAGACCAGAAAGGAACUCAGUUGGAAGGGAGAUUCGAGAGAGAUUCUCUGGUGCAGUUGAAGCAUUUUCCAAAAGAAAUAUCUCGAGUUCUAAUUCACAUGGUGAUCAUUACAGGCACAAGACUACAGAGGAUGUGCCUUCAUCUAAGCAUGUGCAUCAUGAGGUGGAAAAAAGACGAUAUGGCAGCACUACAAGAAAAGCUGUAAUCUCAAGCAGGCCAAGUUCAUCUGGUGAACCUAGUGAGGUUAUUAAUGCACACCGAGGGGUCACAAGUGGAGGUCGCCUGUCAACCAUUCAAAAAAUCUCCGGGUAUGAUUCCCGAACUUCUACUCGCCAUGCCAUUGCUAGAGGUAGCCGUGAUGAUCCUCUUCGGAGCUUUGAACUCCUCUCGAUAAGGAAAUGAUGGAGGAGAUUUUGUUUGUAAGAAGAUAUUGCUUAUAUGUCCUAUGGAUAGAAUCUCUUAGAAGUGAAGAGAUCUACAAGUUUAGUCUCAGCUAUGUACAUGGGGCAUCACUUAAUCAAAUCCCAUUACAUAUUCACCUCGCUUACCACCACAUUUCCAAUCUAUUUUUCCCUGUUUAGUUUUUUAGCGGCCAUUGUAAGGUGUUUGACACUUCCAACAGAGAAUUUGUAUUGAAAUUUUAUUUCACAAUACGAGACAAAUAGCUCUAAUAACGGUACUCUUUUAUCUCUUUUUCGACUUCUUGUAAGGACAAGUUUUUAUGC